AUGGCUUCCCCCGGCCCGGCGGCAGCGCCGGGCGCCCGGUGCGCGGGAGGGUCGGGAGGGAGAGAGGAGGCGCUGGGUAGCGCGGCGGGACGAGGGCGGCGGCGGCGGCCCGUCUCCUCCCUCUCCGCCUUCAGCUACAUCCCGGCGAGACGGGAAGGGCCUCCGGAGCUCAGCUAUUUCUACCGGGAGGCCAAGACAGGAGAAGUUUCCACUUACGAUACCAUUUUUGAAAGGUCAGAGGGUUACAACGAAAAUCUUCACCGAAGUGACAGAGAACAUGCAAAGGGUUGUGGUCUUAACAUUAAUAAGGAGGAAAUGGCAAGACCUGUUGCUGUUUUGUCAUCUUCAGAGUAUGGGAGACGCAUAAAUAAGCCUGUAGAGCAGCUGGUCAGAGAACAUGCAAGGUUUAAUCUUGUACAGGCAGAAUUCUACAGAAAAAAUGGAAUCCCCUGCUUAUCGGAAAAAUCUUCUCCAAGCCUGGAUCUAUGAUAAAUCUCUUCUACCUGCAACAUUUAUGUGGAGAAAAACCCAACACCUAGCAUCAAAAAGCAAUAUGGUGCUUUUGCCUUUUCCUCCACAUUUUGGCUAAUCAGAAUAAUAUGGAUUAAAAAUAGGAUGAAACAGCAGCUAUGCUUUUCUUUGUGCUACUUCAAACAUGUAUUCUUACAGUCUCAUUGAAAUCUCAUGAAGAAGAACAUCAGCAAGAGCUGAACAUUUUAGGUUGCAAGACUGGAAAUGGGACCUGUUGGGUCUACAGCUGCCUCUCUGCUAUUUUAGGCAGUGCUUCUGCAUAGCUGUGCACAGACGUAACAUUUAAACAAGCUUGCUCCUCAGAGUAUCAGUGGUCACAAAUUUCUUAAUCCGUAUAGUGUUGCUACAAAAUUGCAAGAUGUUAUUUUACCUGCACAACAGCUGAAAUGGGGAUUUGACCCAGAUUUUCCAAAAUGGAUGGGUUUAUCCAUAAAUGGGCAAGUAAAGACAUGAUCUGACUUAAGAGAAAUGCUUAGCAGUUUCAGUAGACUUCAAGUGGAAGUCAAGUUAAAGGGAACUUCUGAGUACUUAGCAUUUAAAUAGACAAAAGUCUCGGCUUAGCCAAUUUCGGACAUCCAUUGUGCUUCUACUAUAUGAAUGGUGUCUGAGGGACUGAUCUGUUCGAGAGUGCCACAAGAAAAAUCAUCUUUGGUUCUGUAUCCAAUGAUGGAAAAAAUAAAAAAAAUAAUACUGGGAGAGCAAGCACUAAAUAGUUUGGUAGAAAGGAUGAAAAAAAACCACAAGUAGUAAGUUAUAUGGUGAUUUCAGGAGUAUGUCCUACAGGGUAUGCAUUGGGUUGGUUCUCAAGAGCCAUUGAUCCUGCUGUUGUUUAAAGCUGGAGCAGUACUGUUCAGAAUGGAACAGCUGGACUGAUUGUACCAGAACAAGGACUAGAUGUCCACAGCUUUGACUGA